AUGGCGGCCCUGGUGCUAGAGGAUGGGUCGGUCCUGCGGGGCCAGCCCUUCGGCGCGGCCGUAUGCGCCGCAGGGGAAGUGGUGUUCCAGACUGGCAUGGUGGGCUACCCCGAGGCCCUUACCGAUCCCUCCUACAAAGCCCAGAUCUUGGUCCUGACGUAUCCACUCGUGGGCAACUAUGGCAUCCCCCCAGAUGAGGAAGACGAGUUCAGCCUCAGCCAGUGGUUUGAAUCAUCAGGAAUUCAUGUGGCAGGACUCGUGGUGGGAGAAUGCUGUUCUACACCUAGCCACUGGAGUGCCACCCGAACCUUGCACCAAUGGCUGGAGGAACAUGGUAUACCUGGUCUCCAAGGAGUUGAUACUAGGGAACUGACAAAGAAGUUGCGGGAACAAGGAUCACUUCUGGGAAAGCUGGUGCAGGAUGGGAUAGAGCCUUCAUCCCUACCAUUUUUGGAUCCCAAUGCUCGAGCUCUUGUACCUGAGGUUUCCAUUAAGGAACCAAGGAUAUACAAUGCACGGGGGUCUCCACGAAUUCUUGCUCUGGAUUGUGGGCUCAAAUACAGUCAGAUCCGAUGUCUGUGCCAGCGUGGGGCUGAGGUCACUGUGGUGCCCUGGGACUACAAAUUAGAUAGUCAUGAGUAUGAAGGUCUGUUCCUAAGUAAUGGUCCUGGAGACCCUGCCUCUUGCCCCAAUGUGGUAUCUAUGCUGAGCCGUGUCCUUUCUGAGCCAGACCCCCGACCUGUCUUCGGUAUCUGCCUGGGUCACCAGCUGUUGGCCUUAGCCAUUGGUGCCAAGACUUACAAGAUGAGGUAUGGCAACCGUGGCCACAACCAGCCAUGCUUGCUAAAGGGCUCUGGACGGUGUUUCUUAACAUCUCAGAAUCAUGGUUUUGCAGUGGAAACAGACUCUCUGCCACCAGGCUGGACCCCUCUUUUCACAAACGCCAAUGAUCAUUCCAAUGAAGGCAUUGUACAUGAGACCCUGCCCUUCUUCAGCGUCCAGUUCCACCCUGAGCACCGAGCCGGCCCCUCUGAUAUGGAGUUGCUUUUUGACAUCUUCCUGGAGACCGUGAAGGAGAACAGGACUGGGGGCAAGACAGUUCGUGAAAGGUUAAUGGAGCGUCUCUGUCCCUCGGGUACCCCCACCCUAGGAGACAUGCCUCCAUCUCCCCGAAAAGUGCUGAUCCUGGGCUCAGGGGGUCUCUCCAUUGGCCAGGCUGGAGAGUUUGACUACUCUGGCUCUCAGGCAAUCAAGGCCCUAAAAGAGGAAAAUAUUCAAACACUACUGAUAAAUCCUAAUAUUGCCACCGUGCAAACCUCCCAGGGACUGGCGGACAAAGUCUAUUUCUUGCCUAUUACUCCUCAUUAUGUGACUCAGGUUAUUCGUAAUGAGCGUCCAGAUGGUGUGUUACUGACAUUUGGGGGCCAGACAGCACUGAAUUGUGGUGUGGAACUGACUAAGGCUGGGGUUCUGGCCCGGUAUGGAGUACGGGUCCUAGGCACCCCUGUAGAGACAAUUGAGCUGACUGAGGAUCGGCGUGCUUUUGCAUCAAGGAUGGCAGAGAUUGGAGAGCAUGUGGCCCCCAGUGAGGCUGCAAACUCCCUGGAACAGGCACAAGCUGCUGCAGAACGAUUGGGGUACCCGGUCCUGGUACGUGCUGCCUUUGCCCUAGGUGGCCUUGGCUCCGGCUUUGCUUCCAGCAGAGAAGAACUCUCCUCUCUGGUGGCGCCAGCCUUUGCUCACACUAGCCAAGUGCUGGUGGACAAGUCCCUCAAGGGAUGGAAAGAAAUAGAGUAUGAAGUGGUGAGAGAUGCCUAUGGCAACUGUGUCACGGUAUGUAACAUGGAGAAUCUAGACCCACUGGGCAUUCACACUGGUGAAUCUAUAGUUGUGGCCCCAAGCCAGACACUAAAUGACAGGGAAUAUCAGCUAUUGCGACAGACUGCUAUCAAGGUGACUCAACACCUGGGCAUUGUUGGGGAGUGCAAUGUACAAUAUGCCUUGAACCCCGAGUCUGAACAGUACUAUAUCAUUGAAGUGAAUGCAAGACUGUCUCGCAGUUCAGCCCUUGCCAGUAAAGCCACUGGUUAUCCUCUGGCCUAUGUAGCAGCCAAGCUGGCUUUGGGUAUCUCCCUGCCUGAACUCAGAAACUCGGUAACUGGAGGUACUGCUGCUUUUGAGCCCAGCCUGGAUUACUGCGUGGUUAAGGUCCCUCGAUGGGACCUCAGCAAGUUCCUCCGAGUUAGCACAAGGAUUGGAAGCUGCAUGAAGAGUGUUGGUGAGGUCAUGGCUAUUGGACGUGGGUUCGAGGAGGCAUUCCAAAAGGCCUUGCGCAUGGUGGAUGAGAACUGUGUUGGCUUUGAUCACACGAUGAAACCCGUCAGUGACAUGGAGCUGGAAACACCAACUGACAAGCGGAUCUUUGUGGUAGCAGCUGCCUUGUGGGCAGGAUAUACCAUAGACCGACUGUAUGAGCUUACUCGCAUUGAUCGCUGGUUCCUGCAGUGCAUGAAACGCAUUAUAGAACACACUCGGAAACUAGAGGAGCACCGUGGGCAGCCCUUGCCCCCUGAUUUGCUGCACCAGGCCAAGCGCCUUGGCUUUUCCGACAAGCAGAUCGCCCUUGCAGUACUCAGCACAGAGCUGGCCGUACGAAAACUACGGCAGGAGCUGGGCAUCUGUCCAGCGGUCAAGCAGAUUGAUACGGUGGCAGCAGAGUGGCCAGCUCAAACCAACUAUCUGUACCUGACUUAUGGGGGCACCACCCAUGACCUGGCUUUCCACGCUCCCCACGUCCUGGUCUUGGGCUCUGGCGUCUACCGAAUUGGCUCCAGUGUGGAAUUUGACUGGUGUGCCGUGGGCUGCAUCCGGCAGCUGCGCAAGAUGGGGUAUAAGACUAUUAUGGUGAACUAUAACCCUGAGACAGUCAGUACUGACUAUGACAUGUGUGACCGGCUCUACUUUGAUGAGAUCUCUUUUGAGGUAGUGAUGGAUAUCUAUGAGCUAGAAAACCCUGAGGGUGUAAUCCUCUCCAUGGGAGGUCAGUUGCCCAACAACAUGGCCAUGGCCCUGCAUAGGCAGCAGUGCCGGGUCCUUGGCACAUCCCCAGAAGCCAUCGAUUCUGCUGAGAACAGAUUCAAGUUUUCCCGGCUUCUUGACACGAUUGGCAUCAGUCAGCCUCAGUGGCGAGAACUCAGUGACUUGGAGUCUGCUCGAGAGUUCUGCCACACUGUGGGGUACCCUUGUGUCGUCCGUCCAUCCUACGUGCUGAGUGGUGCUGCUAUGAAUGUGGCCUAUACUGAUGGAGACCUGGAGCGAUUUCUGAGCAGUGCAGCAGCUGUCUCCAAAGAGCACCCCGUGGUCAUCUCCAAGUUCAUCCAAGAGGCCAAGGAAAUCGAUGUGGAUGCUGUGGCCUGUGAUGGCAUGGUGGUAGCUGUAGCUAUCUCAGAGCAUGUGGAGAAUGCAGGGGUGCACUCAGGGGAUGCCACUUUGGUGACUCCUCCACAAGACAUCACGCCCAAGACAUUGGAAAGGAUCAAAGCAAUUGUUCACGCUGUGGGUCAAGAGCUGCAGGUCACAGGGCCUUUCAAUCUUCAGCUCAUUGCCAAGGAUGACCAGCUCAAGGUUAUUGAGUGCAAUGUCCGUGUCUCUCGGUCCUUCCCCUUUGUCUCUAAGACACUUGGAGUAGAUCUGGUAGCCCUGGCUACCCGAAUCAUCAUGGGUGAGGAGGUGGAGCCUGUUGGGCUCAUGGCUGGAACUGGAGUAGUGGGAGUUAAGGUGCCCCAGUUCUCAUUCUCACGUCUGGCAGGAGCAGAUGUGGUGCUGGGUGUAGAGAUGACCAGCACCGGAGAGGUGGCUGGCUUUGGGGAGAGCCGCUGUGAGGCCUACCUCAAGGCUAUGCUGAGCACCGGCUUCAAGAUCCCCAAGAAGAAUAUCCUGCUGACUAUUGGUAGUUAUAAGAACAAGAGUGAGCUGCUUCCUACAGUGAGGCUGUUGGAGAGUCUAGGCUAUAGCUUAUAUGCCAGUUUGGGCACAGCAGACUUCUACACUGAGCAUGGUGUCAAGGUUACAGCCGUGGACUGGCACUUUGAGGAGGCAGUUGAAGGUGAAUGUCCUCCACAACGAAGCAUCCUGGAACAGUUGGCAGAAAACCACUUUGAACUGGUCAUCAACCUGUCAAUGCGAGGGGCAGGGGGUCGACGCCUCUCCUCCUUUGUAACCAAGGGCUACCGGACCCGUCGCCUGGCUGCUGACUUUUCUGUGCCACUCAUCAUUGACAUCAAGUGCACUAAGCUAUUCGUAGAGGCAUUGGGCCAGAUUGGGCCAGCUCCUCCCCUGAAGGUUCAUGUUGACUGUAUGACCUCACAGAAACUUGUACGUCUGCCAGGGCUGAUUGAUGUACAUGUGCACCUACGGGAACCAGGUGGUACUCACAAGGAGGACUUUGCUUCAGGCACAGCGGCUGCCCUAGCUGGUGGGGUCACCAUGGUGUGUGCUAUGCCCAACACCCGACCUCCCAUCAUAGAUGCCCCAGCCCUUGCCCUUGCACAGAAGUUGGCAGAAACAGGGGCCCGCUGUGACUAUGCCUUAUUUCUUGGGGCCUCGUCAGAGAAUGCAGGAACCCUGGGUGCUGUGGCUGGAGCAGCUGCAGGAUUGAAACUCUAUCUCAAUGAGACAUUCUCUGAACUUCGACUGGACAGCAUCUCCCAUUGGAUGGAGCACUUUGAGACAUGGCCGCACCAUCUCCCCAUUGUGGCUCAUGCAGAACGACAGACCGUAGCUGCCAUCCUUAUGGUAGCCCAGUUGGCUCAGCGACCUGUCCACAUCUGCCACGUGGCCCGGAAGGAGGAGAUCCUAUUAAUUAAAGCUGCAAAGGCACGGGGGGUCCCAGUGACCUGUGAGGUGGCCCCCCACCAUCUCUUCCUGAGCCAAGCAGACCUGGAGCGCCUGGGACCUGGGAAAGGAGAAGUCCGGCCUGAGCUUGGCACCCUUGAGGACGUGGAGGCUCUCUGGGAGAACAUGGCCAUCAUCGACUGCUUUGCCUCAGACCAUGCUCCUCACACCCUGGAAGAAAAAUCUGGGUCCAAGCCUCCCCCUGGCUUCCCAGGCCUGGAGACAAUGCUCCCGUUACUGCUAACAGCCGUGAGCGAGGGCCGGCUCAGCCUGGAUGACCUGCUGCAGAAGCUGCACCACAAUCCCCGGCGGAUCUUUCACUUGCCCCAGCAGGAGGACACCUAUGUUGAGGUGGAUCUGGAGCAUGAAUGGACCAUCCCCAGCCACAUGCCCUUCUCCAAGGCACACUGGACACCUUUUGAAGGACAGCGAGUAAAGGGCACAAUCCGGCGAGUUGUCCUUCGAGGGGAGGUUGCCUACAUUGAUGGCCAGGUACUAGUGCCUCCUGGCUACGGGCAAGACGUGAGGAAGUGGCCUCAAGGCCCAGUGCCUCAGCACCUGCCUUCAGCCCCACCCAGUGAGAGCAUCAAGACUCCAGAAAGACCCCGACGUGGCCUCCCAGGCCAUCCUGAUGGGCGAUUCCAUCUCCCACCUCGAAUCCACCGAGCUUCUGACCCUGGCCUUCCAGCUGAAGAGCCCAAGGAGAAACCCUCCCGCAAGACAGUGGAGCCAGAUCUCGCAGGAACUCCUGAUAGCUGCUGCUACCCUCCUCCAGUGCCUAGGCAGGCCUCACCCCAGAACUUGGGUACUCCUAGCCUGUUGCAUACUCAGACUUCACCCUUGCUGCAUUCUCUAGUUGGCCAGCAUAUACUGUCUGUUCGUCAGUUUACCAAAGAUCAGAUGUCCCACCUGUUCAAUGUGGCACACACCCUGCGGAUGAUGGUCCAGAAGGAACGGAGCAUAGACAUUCUCAAGGGCAAGGUCAUGGCCUCCAUGUUUUAUGAAGUGAGCACUCGUACCAGCAGUUCCUUUGCAGCAGCCAUGGCCCGGCUCGGAGGCUCUGUGCUCAACUUCUCUGAAGCUACAUCGUCUGUCCAGAAGGGAGAAUCUCUAGCAGACUCUGUCCAGACCAUGAGCUGCUAUGCCGAUGUUGUUGUGCUUCGGCACCCCCAGCCUGGAGCUGUGGAGCUGGCAGCCAAACACUGCCGGAGGCCAGUGAUCAAUGCUGGGGAUGGAGUAGGAGAGCACCCAACCCAGGCCUUGCUGGAUGUCUUUACCAUUCGAGAGGAGCUAGGAACUGUCAAUGGCAUGACGAUCACCAUGGUAGGAGAUCUCAAGCACGGACGGACAGUACACUCCCUUGCCUGCCUGCUCACACAGUAUCGGGUCAGCCUUCGCUAUGUGGCACCCCCCAGCCUGCGCAUGCCACCGGAUGUCUUGUCUUUUGUAGCUUCCAGAGGGACUAAGCAGGAGGAAUUUGAGAGCAUUGAGGAGGCCCUACCUGACACAGAUGUCCUUUAUAUGACUCGAAUUCAGAAGGAACGGUUUGGUUCCACCCAGGAGUAUGAAGCUUGCUUUGGCCAGUUCAUCCUCACACCCCACAUCAUGACCCGGGCCAAGAAGAAGAUGGUGGUGAUGCACCCGAUGCCUCGGGUCAACGAGAUCAGUGUGGAGGUGGACUCUGAUCCCCGAGCUGCCUACUUCCGGCAGGCUGAGAACGGCAUGUACAUGCGGAUGGCCCUCCUUGCUACUGUAUUGGGUCGCUACUAGAGCCUGGCUCUAAACAGCUUCUCUCUGCUGCUCCUGCCACUGGGCAAGGAUUCCUGGUGCCCCCCACGGGGGCAGCACAUUUAAUGUGAGACUGUGGGGCAGCCCCAGUGACAGAUCCAUACAGACUUGCACCUGUACUCAAGGCUCUGGGCUGGGACUUGUUCAGCUUGGGGAUGUAGUGGGGUGUCAGAUGCUAGGGUCUCCACCUUCCCUUGUCCACACCCCUUGUUCCCUAUGUGUACAGUAACUUUUCUAUUACCCGAUCUCAGAGCCAUUUCCCAGAUUUAAUAAACAGCUGAGCUGCCUCUAUCUGUCCUCCUUUUCCAGUCUGCCCUUGCCUCUAAAGGGAGGGGAUUUCUCCCUAUGCCAAGUGCAUAGGACCCACAUCAUCAUCCCACACUCGUGAUUCCUGUUGCUUUUUGUGGAAUAAAAACUCAGUACUCUGCACUUAGG